AUGGAACCGGAAUUCGCUGCUGAGCUCGAGGGACUCCUCGACCAGAUUGACUCGGACAGCAUGCAGGACCGCGAGUUUGCGGUGCUUGAGCUCGCGAGGCUGGUCGUCGCAAUCGAUGGCGAGCUAGCGCGCUCCUUUGGCCAGUACCUCCGCGUCUCUGGCAUGAUUGAGCCCCUCGUCGUGCUGCUCGACGAGCCGCUUCCGGCAGUGCACGACGCAGCCCUUCUCGUGAUCGGCUUGAUCGCCUCGGCGACGUUUGACCCGGCGGCGCUGAGGACAUGCAAAGCUGCCAGCGAGUUUGAUGCCAUCCCGCGCGUGCUCCCCCAUCUCUUCUCUGAGAGGCCCGCGACGAAGCUCCUGGCGGCGAUGGCAAUGCAGCACUGGUGCGAACACGGUCAGAUGGCGCGGCUGGCGCUGAAAAAGGGAGCGGGCAGAGCGCUGCAGCGGAUGCUGGCGGUGCAAGGAACGGCUGUCGGUGACGACCCGACCAACGACAAGAUCAGCCGCGUCGCCGCUAGGACGCUCACGAGCAUCGCCACUGUCAACCGCGACGCGGAGAGCGCUUAUUCGAUGCACAGAGCGACACAGGAGAGCCUCGAGGCGCUGGCGCGGCUGGACGCCACCCUAAUCAUCCAGGCUGGGGCGCGCCGCCUUUUGGCUCGUCGCCAGCCCCCUCCGGAGAAUCGGCCGUGGGCCAGUAGCCUGGCCGAGGCGAUCGCGGAGCGGCGCAAGUUUCACAGCGCCGCACUACUGAUGCAGACGGCGCUACGGCGCAGGGUGGCGCAGAGGCGCAUGGUCGAGCAGCGCGGCGCGUGCCGGAGGAUCCAGGCGGCGGCUCGCUUACGCCGCGUGAGGGCGGACCUUGAGCGAGAGCGGCAGGAGGUGCGGCUUAUCAUGUCAAGACUCGAGGCGGAGGCGCCAAAGCUCCGCUUGGCCGCCAGGAAGGCGUCUGAGGCGGUUGAGGCCUCCGAGAGGCAGGUGGAAGGGCUGCGGGCGAAGGGCGCCCGGGCGAGGGAGGGCAAGGCCGCGUCGGCGUUGCAGCUCAGCCUUCAGAGGGCGCUUGCCCAGCUCGCCGCUUGCCAGGCCAGAAAGGCGGUGCGGGUCGCCCUGGUAAAGGCCUCGAGCGCGGAGCUCCACUUCUCGCACGCUGCGCUUGAAGCCGUCUCGCUCGGCCAGAUGCGGAACCUGCGCGAGCACGCCCAUCAGGCGGCGCAGCUGCGCGCAAAGACGCUCGAGGCGGCUCGCGCGUCUGGGGCGCUCGGAUCGCCGUCGCCGAGCCCGGCCGCGCCCCAACCGGAGGCCACGCCGCCCAGCGGCCCCGCGACCAGCACGAGGGCGGCGGCCUCUGAGGUGGUGCCGGUGCGCACUUCGACCCUCAAGCGCGAGACGUGGCAGGCGUUGCAGGCGGGCGAGAUGGGGGGCGUCGACGCCGCGACAGUAAAGGCGUGGCGCGACGAGAUGAGCGAGCUCGCGGCGGCACGCCGAGCGAACGACGCCAAGCGACGCGUGGCACGCUGCGGCUCGUCCUCCGUGGCUCAGCCGCCCGGAGCGAGUGAGGAUGAUGUCUCUGCGAAGGACCUCGCGACCGUCAAGGCGGAGGCGAAGCACCGCGCCCUGCAGCGGGCGCGGGCCAGGCACCGGCUGGCGGAGAGUGCUGAGCGGGCGGCCAUCACGCGGGAGAGGGCGCGCGAAAAGCAGAUCCAGGCGGCGCUGGAGCACCAGAUCCGCAAGGCGCGCGUGGAGGAGCGCGCGUGGAAGGACGCCACGCGGCGCGUCGUCGCCAACCGGAGACGGCCACCCGCACCUGGACCUCUGCCGCAGCAGAGGGGUCCCUCUUCGGAGCGGCACGGUUCGGGAGGAGCAGCCACGCGCAGCAGCGGCCGGGAGGGGAUCCACAGCGGCGGCACUAGCGGCCGGGAGCGCCGACGCAACGGCGGGACUGGCGCGCGGGGACAGGCUCCUCCGGAGGAGGCGGCUGGCGCCCGGAGCCUCGCUGCUCUGGCCAGCUCGAGAGCUCCCGCCCCAUCCUUGGCCGCCGCUUUGCCCAGUCCUUGCCUCGUGGCCGACCCGCGAACGCUGCCCGAGCAGCUGAUGGUACCGUGGGCGAUCCUCCCUCGCCGAGUCCGCGGCCUCGCGAUGCGCCACGGAUACACGCACGUCUCGUGGGACCUCGAGACGAUGGCGCUGAUCCAGCAGACGAGUGUCAGCCAGUGGCUUGCAUCACCCGGAGGUGCGGGCGACAACGGGAGCGCGGACGCGAGGUCAGUGACAUAG